CGCAGCUGACAUGAGGGAAGCAUCUGGGGGUCGGCAGAGAGUCAAGGAGGCUCUGGGCUGAGAGAUGCUGACGGGCCGGCCUGGGGCCAAGAGCCCAGUCCGGGGACCAGGCACUGUCCCUGUCUCCCCGGGCCCCCAACGGAGAAGCCAUUUACUACAAGGGAACAACUUCUAUCAAAAUAUGAAGAUCCAUCUAGAAAAAAAUUUAGAAGAAGAACGUCAAAAAUUGCUGCAGGAACAAAGAAUAUGUCGAAGUCGAGCACGUAAAUAUUCUAUAGAAUCAAACAGAAGAAGAAAAGCUUUUGAAGAGAAACGCAAGAAAGAAGAAGAAAAGGAACACCAGAUAAGGGAACAAAUUCUUCAACAAAGAAAACAGAAACUUGAAGAAGUUACUGAAAAGUUCCAACGUGCUCAUAUCCCUCCUCAGCGCAAGAAAACAGUUACCCAAAAAACAGUACCCCGUUUAGAAGAGGCCCUUGAACAAAUUCAGAGAUUCAGCUUGAAACCAGAAUUUAACUAUUCCUCUUCCAAUAGACCUACAAUGAACUGGAAAAAUAUAGAUUCUGCUGUGGCUUCUGUAGUGACAAGAAUAGAGCCCAUGUAUCAGAGACAUCUCUCAUCCAGGGUUAACUGGUCUAACUGUGACAGAGAAAUGCAGGAAAAUAGCAAAAUAAACUUAACUGUUGCCCAGGAAGACAACUUCCAGCAUAAUCUUGAAGAAACUCAACAGCUCUUAGAAGAACUGAAUCUAAACAAUAUACGGGAUCUUCAUGAAGAAGUGAAUCAACUAACAAAUUCUGAAACUCUGUCAAGUAUAGACAGUCUUGAAGCUGGAGACCAUGAAGAAAUCUAUUCAGCACUUGGUAAAGCUACAUCUUCAGCAACCCAGCAGAACUUUGUAUCUCACAGUUCAGAGAGUCCACAACCAACAAAUCAGGUUAAUUUUGAUGCAGGCGAAUUGCAUCUCUCUAAAACUCAACAUAUAAAUAAUUGGCUAAUAAACUUAGGUGAUCAAAAUAUACAGACAGCCUCUCCUUUUCCAGACUUUAUAAAUAAACAUAAUGAACAUUUUAAUAAUCCAAAACUAAAAUCAUUUGCUUUUAACAAGGUUGCUGAAAGAAGUACAGAUGCUUCUGAUAACACAGUAGCCUUUAUACAUAGCCCAUGUACUUUUGCACAAGAUAAAAAGGCUGAAAAGACCUCAGAAACCUGCAGUAUAUGGAAAGUUGACUCUCAGUUUUCUAGAAUAUCCAAAAGAGAAAAACCAUUAAUUACUGAGAGUCCAACAUUUAAAUUCAACAAAAAUUGGACUACUUCAUCUUCUACUAUAAAAGAAAUAAUUCAGUCUUCAGAACAUGAGAAAUAUCCCGAAUUAACUCAAUCAAACAAAACCACUUCAGUACUUGCUUCAAACUUACCUAUGGCAACACCUUUAAUACUACCUUCUAGUCAAUGGACUAACUAUAAAAGUACUUUUAAUAGUAUACAUUCACCUAGUUCUUUGCAAAAGAAUAAUAUGCACUUAGAAGAAAUUUGCCCAAUACAGUGUACUGAUGGGAUAGACAGUUUGAAAGAUAUAAAAGAUGAAAAGAUAAAAAACUUUGGAAAUAAUUAUCAGGCAUUGCCUUUUUUAUUUCCAGAUGCACUUAAUUCUCCCUAUAUGUUUAACAACUCUGAUCAAAUGGCAGUGAAAGAUAAAAACGAGAAAGCAAUUGGAACCACACUAUCUACUAAUUCUGAGUUAGUUGGACAACCAAAAAAAUCCAAACACACUAAUCAUGAGAAAAAUGGAGUGAAAUUACUUAAAAGCAUAUUAAAGAAAGAAUCAAAAUAUGAAAAUGAUUGUUUCAAGGCAUUAAUUAUAAAUCGAGGCUUCAACUUGGGAAAUCAAACUGCAGCAGCAAUCAGAGAUAGUGUAGAAUUGACAAAAGGAAAGGGAAAGAGCUCUGAAAUGCAAAAGAGCAUUAAAAAACUUAGAUGGUUCGAUGAAAUUGGCCAAAUAGAAAAAGAAGGUGGAGAAAAUUCAUUGAAAACUGGACUUAUUUCACCACAAGCAUCAUCACAAGCUAAUAAUUAUGUUCAAACCAAAGUCAGUACUACCAGCAACGUUAGUGCUCCUUGGGCUAUAAAUUCUUCUUGUUAUGAAAACCCCAAGGAUAAUCCUCUUAUUAAAAAAAGCACUGCUACGCAAAUGCCUGAAACAGAAAAUUUGUGUUUUGAUGCUUUUGUACCUUCAGGUAAAAGCUUUGCAAAACAAGCCUGGAUGAUCUCAAAAAAAGAGGAAGGUAAAUUCCCUGUUUAUAAUAGUGACUCUAAAACUCAAAAGACUAUUCCUCGGAGUGGGAUAAUAAAGCUAAUUCGAAGAACAAGGGCUCCCAAAGUCCAAUCAGGUAUUGCAUCUAAAAGCAAAAAAAGCAAUGACAUUAGACCACAAUCUACACAUGAAGCCAACAAGAUUAUACCAACUCAGGGCAAAUUAAAUGCACCUCAUCCUCCUUAUAAAACUGUAACAAAUAAUAGGAUUAAUAAAACUGUAAAAGAUUCUCAGUGUCAAUCAGUGAUGCCUACAAAAUCCCAAAGCAGCAGUAUAAAUAGUAGAAACCUAGGUUCAAGGUAUGUUUUACCAACAGAGAACAUUUUUGUUAACCUCUCUCAAGAAAAUAGCCCUUCACUUUGGAAUAGUAAUAGCUCUGAGUUUCUCACUCAAAUGCCAUCAUUACCUUCCUAUCGAACUUCUGAUUGUCAAACAUCAGCAAAGAUAAAUCAUAAUAUGAAAGGUACUCAGAUGAUUGCCCAGCAAGAUUGUUCAUCAAUUUUCACACGAAGUCCUCUUUAUGAAGAAAAUAGUCACUCUUUGAAGCCCAUUGAAGAAAAAAUUGGUAUUCAAUGGAAAGGAGAACAUAGUGCCCUAGGACAAAACGAGAAGACUGCUGAUUCUACCAGUAUAAGAAGAAAAAUGAACCUCGAAAGUAAUGAAAAUAAACCAAAAACUCUUUUAGAGCAAAGAAGACAGCUCUCCAAUUCCAUAAGACAGAAGCCCUUUGAACAACCACAGAGUAUAAUACAUCCUCUACAACUAAGUACAAGUGAGCCAGUACAAAGUCUGAGUGGUAUUUCUCAUGCUGAAGAAGUUUCAGAAAGUACUGCCCAGUUUUUGAUGACUGAAAACUUAGUGAAAUCAUCACUUCCUGAGGAUAAAAUUCUAACUGCCAUGAAACCCAUGCCAUACAAAUCAACUCUUCCUUUACAUAAGACACAACGAUUAAACAUUGGUGCACUAUCUUUUGAAGAACAGAAGAUUCUAGAGUCACUUAAUCACCUCAAUCAAAGAUUGCAUUAUGUCCAAGAAGCCAUCUACAAAAACCCAUCAAUCAAAAGUAUUUUACAAAUAGCAUCACCUCUGAACAGUCAGCCAUGGACAACCUCCUUAUCUAUAGGCCACAGUAUAUCCACUGAAGUUCAAUCCCAAAUUCAGAGAAAAUAUUAAUGGAAUUUAACAACUACUGGAUG